AUGCCCAUCCUCGCACUGCUGCUCGUUGGGAGACGGAGACUGCCACAUGGAGGCCAAUUUAGCUUGGGAAGAGUGGGACCGGCCAUCAAUUGGAUCAAUGUGUUCUACUGUGCAGUCACGGCUGUCUUCUUCUUCUUCCCUUCGUCCCCAGAUCCAUUGCCAAGCGAAAUGAACUACGCGAUCGCCGUCUUUGGCGUGAUGCUGGUAGUGGCAAUUGGUUUCUGGUUUACAAAUGGAAAGCGCACGUACCUCCGAAUUGAAGACUCGGCGAUGCGUAUGGAGAUGGCGCGGCGGCUGGAAGUCGACGAAGUAGAGUAG